AUGGCCGAAGGACCAACCCGUCCAAACAGUACAAUCUACGUUGGCGGUCUUGACACCAAUCUUGUGACCGCCACAACUCUCUCGGAGGCAUUUGUGCCGUUCGGCGAGAUAGUUGAUAUUACUCUACCCAAGCCUGAGGCGCCGUCUUCGACAGAUCUACAUCGCGGCUUUGGAUAUGUUGAAUUCGAGGAUGCUGCCGAUGCAAAGGAAGCAAUCGACAAUAUGGAUCAGAGUGAGCUCUACGGACGAGUAAUCAAGGUGGCCAUGGCAAAACCCGACAGGAAAGACACCGGACAAGUUGGGCUGGGUAGCACCACUGCUAUUUGGGAACAAGAGGAUUAUCUCGCAAAAUAUGGAACAGCAAACGAGGACAAGGCUGCCGUAGAAAGCGCAAAGAACGAGAGGCCUGCAGAUCCCAUGGAUGGAUUAGAAGGCCUUGAUGUUGCUGGGCCAAAGCCUGAGUGA